AUAAAUGCCCAUAGAGUCAGGAUGGUGCUACAGAUAACAAAUAUAUGAUACACACACAUUUCUUCUAUUUCUAACUGUCAAUGUAGUUGUGAGGCUGGCUUCAAAAAUGGUGACCUUUUCAUGUCCUACAAGAGCAUGUUCCAGGACGUGCGAGACGGCGUGGACUGGGUUCAUAUGAAGGGGUCUUUAAAAGAGAAAACCGUUGAAAACCUGGAGAAGUAUGUGGCAAAGGACCCCAAGCUUCCUCUGCUCCUCAGUCGCAUGAAUGAAGUAGCCAAAGUGUUUCUGGCCACCAACAGUGAUUACAAAUACACAGAGAAAAUUAUGACCUACCUUUUUGACUUUCCUCAUGGCCCAAAGCCAGGCACACCCCACCGGCCCUGGAAGUCCUACUUCGACAUGAUUCUGGUGGAUGCCCGCAAGCCUGUGUUCUUUGGAGAGGGGACGGUGCUGCGGCAAGUGGACACUACCACAGGCCGGCUGAGGAUCGGCACAUACACAGGGCCCCUGCAGCAUGGGAUUGUUUACUCUGGAGGUUCUUCAGACAUUGUGUGUGAUCUGCUGGGGGCUAAAGGAAAAGACAUCAUCUACAUUGGAGACCACAUUUUCGGUGACAUCCUCAAAUCAAAGAAGCGUCAGGGCUGGAGGACCUUCCUGGUGAUUCCUGAGCUGGCCCAGGAGCUGCAUGUGUGGACCGACAAGAGCUCCAUCUUUGAGGAGCUUCAGUCUCUGGAGUGCUUCCUCGCGGAGCUUUACAAGUGAGUUCCUUUUUGUUGUGUCUUUUAGAUGUAUUCCUACGAAAACAUUCUUAAUUAAGAAGAAUGAAAUAAAUCCCCUACAGGAAAUUCAGUGUUCAGUGUUGUUGAUUUUGUUGCUUUCAGUUGUAUCUCUCCAGGGAAAUAACCUGAAAGCAAAGGCUUGAUUGUAAAACAGUUGUCCAGUGUGGUAGAUGCAUAUGCCCUUUUUUCCAGUGGUAUUCAUGGGUUCCCAGCUGUACUUUAUUGACUUACUUACUGUAAGCAGGUUGUAUUUUUCGCUCACUGUGUUCAUCCCUGCUCUUAGUGGAUUCCUUUUCAUGUUUGUAUGCUGAUUUAAAUGUAUCUACAGGUUACAUUAUUUAGCAAUUGAAUCAUUUCUGCGCAUUUGUUCUGAGUAUGUUAUGUAUAAUCAUUUAUAUUGUGUGUUUUCAUGCAAAUGAUCCCUAUAGAUUGCUGACAGUUAACUCUGACUUCAAGGCAGUUUAAAUCAUUUUUGGGGAUAGUGUUUAAAAACUUCUGCACCUCUCAAAUUAUAAGUUGUGCU